AGUAUACUCUUCCCCUAUCCAUGAACACAUCAAAUGGAUCGAUGUUACAGCAACACGGUCUGAAGCAUUUCUACAUCACUCAUUAUGGGGAGCAACAAGGGUUCUUAUUCUCGUCGGUGAGUAGUGCAUCACAGUCCAUUUGUCGACACUUCCGUCUUGACCCAGAGCAUUUGGCGGCAAUGGAGUUCGUUGACGAUGCCACAGGCUCGUCAGUAUCCUUGGGGAAUACUCGACAGGGAGGGAAAUAUACGCUCAGGCCCCUCCACGGUGCCUCGCCGCUCUCUCCUGGAGGGGCUGAUGAUAUGAUCACCUUCGAAGACGCGGAUAGCAGAGCGAAGACGAAGAUUCGCUACGUGGAGUCUCCUGAGUGGAGAAGUAACCUUGAGUAUACCCUAUGUGCGGCAUUCAAUAUCCCGAACGAGGAGGCCGAGCUAGAGCUUACCGUCGGGAUGAACUCUGAAUUUUUCGUUAUUCCGCUUGCCGACGUUUCGCCGUCGAUAUCUCAUUCAUACAUCGUGCGACAACGACGGAGUGCUCAGGUCUGGUGGAAGCGAGACUUCCGCACGAUGGAUCCGGUUCACAACAUGAUUUGCCUUCCUAGCCUAUGCAAAGACAUUAUUGAUACGCCGGAAUUCCAGAGACUUAGGGACCUCACUCAGCUCGGUGCUACGUCCUACGUAUUCGACGGUGGGGUACACUCCAGAUUCGAACAUAGCAUCGGGGCUGCUCACCUGGCACAAACCUUCGCAACUGGUCUACGGGACCGACAACCUCACCUCGGUAUUAGUCAGAAGGAUGUGGUUUGUGUGACAGUAGCAGCCUUAUGCCAUGACCUGGGACAUGGGCCAUUCUCACAUACGUGGGAGUCUUGUGUCCUGCCUAGUAUGGGUAUUCAUCAUCACGAGCACGAGCAAGUCAGUCUGAAGCUACUAGAUGCCAUAGUUAACCGUCUGACAGCUGAAGACAAGUCCCUCCCAUUGAACUGUGCAGAUGUGAAGUUCGUGAAGAAUUGCAUCGACCCGCCAAAACCGGCUAAACUGAUUGAGCUCAAGGAAAGCGGCGAGGAGGCUUUUCUUCAGGAGGUCGGUCGACCAGUCGCCAAGGCGUUCCUCUUGGAUAUUGUUGCUAACAAGAGAACGGGGCUUGACGUUGAUAAAUUCGAUUACAUAAUGAGGCAACCUCGGCAGCAUUUAGUGCCAGACUGCCAUCACAGUGGGGUCCAAGGAGAGUGUGAGGUACCUCGGCUCAUCAUGAACGCUAAGAUCCUCAUGUCGGAUGGCUUUCCAACUAUAUGCUGGCCAGAUAAAGAGUUUGAAAACCUUUGCGCCAUCUUCCGCACGAGGGAGUCACUGCAUCGGCGGAUGUAUCAGCAUCGUACAGUCAAGGCCGUUGAGGCUAUGAUCAAAGAAGCGUUCAAGCUAGCUGCUCCUCAUAUCGAGAUCAAGGGUUUGGAUGAAAAUGGAUCGGAGGCCUUCAAGUCCCUCAGCGAGUCAAUUGAGGAUCCUCGUGCGCUUUGCGUCAUGACCAACUGGCUGGCUCAUUACAUCGAGCAUGCACACGCUGUGCGUUUCGUUGGUAACCAGGUCCCGCGAAUUCCUGCGCUCGAACGAGCUUCGCAAAUCCUCAAAGAUAUUCAGCGGCGCAAGAUUUGGAAAGUCGUUGUGAAAUUCUCUGGAGUGCCGGAACCAGGCGUUAUCGAGAAGAUUUGUUCACACAGUACUUUCUUAGAACCAGAUUCUCUGGAGCUCGCCGAAGCGGCAUACAAUUGGGGCAUGGGCGAGAAUAACCCAAUGGAGCAUGUGAGGUUCGUUAGUAAAUGUGGGAGCUACGCUGUGCAUAUGAGAGAGCCGGAGCUUGCUAUCCAAGGAGGAAUGUUGCCUUCAACUUUCAAGGAACAGUACACUAGUAUAAUCUGCAGAUCGGCGGACCCUAAGCUUAUUGCCGAAGCUGAGCGUUGCGUGAAGGCUUAUCGCGCGGAGACGGUGACCGAGAGCACCCUCGCUGACAAGAUGGUGGCGAUGACUCCCGUGAAAUACACAUCCGAUUUGUGCCCUCGCAAUCGGCGUGUCCGUUCGUCGGAGCCAGCGGAAAAGAAGUCGCACGUCUACUGGCAUUUCGGAGCAUACGAGCUCGAGGAAGUUGGCUAAGAAAUCCAAGCCGGCAGAGUGAAGUUUUCGAUCAGCAUAACUCGGCUUUCAUCCCCACACA